AUGAAUGGUGGAGGGAAUAUACUCCACUUAAAUGUCUAUGGCAGAUGUGGAGAGAAUGGAGAUCGACAAUGCAAAUGUGGUAGUGGUAACCUUAUUGCUGAGAAGAAGCCAAACACUCCGGUAACAGGAUUUACCUGUUAUACUCAUGGCCUUAGGAAUGGGUAUGGAAAUACUUUUACGCUCAACAACAAACUACAAGAUGGAGGUAAGAUAAUAGAAGUAAGAGGAUUGGUAAGAGAACCUAUCUCUGGUGUUAAGAAAGUCUCUGUCUACUACUGGGAUCAGGCAGAAACAAAACCCCUCCUACUUGAAGUUAAAUAUGGUGGUGGUACAACUAUAUAUUACGCCAAGGAUAACAAUGGUGGCAGUAACUGGAAUUUUAUUUUUCAAUCUCAAUCCAGUAAGGAACUUGAGGAGAAGCUGGAUGAACUAGUCUGUCUACAUCACAACGCAGUCACAAUUAACCUUAGCAAGGGUCUAUCCACAGGAGGUCAGCAUAACUAUUGUUGCAGCGGCAAUCAUGGUCAAAAGGUCUCCGUCACUCCCGUAAAAGUUUCAUGUAAUAAACAGGGUCAUCAACGUCACUUUAAAUACUACAAACAUGAGGUUAAUACUAGUUCUGGUACUGGAAUUAAAUUAGCAGCUAUCAAGUAUUAUGUUGGUGGUAAUAGUCUCAAGAAUAGAAAUAAUAUAACUUUAAGUGGACAGUCGAUAUCCGAUGUAAAGAGUGUAUAUGCCUUCUACUGUUCAGAGAAUGACCCAGUAUUGAUAUAUGUUGACUCACCUGGACAAGGUGUCAAUGGUUGGUACAAGAAAGGUAACAGUGAUAGUAGUGGUAAUGAAGAAUGGACCAAAGUCCCUGAUCUCCGAGAGAUAACACAUAGGAAUCUGGACGCAGGCACUCUAAACCAUGAACAAUAUAACCAACUUGUUGGCGCACUAAUAGAGGCUGGAUGUACAAGUUAUAAAGAAUGUCCUGCUCCUACUGCUCCUCUCUCUACUUCUUCUGAUGAUUCUACUCCUGCUUCUCCUGCUCCUGGUACUGCUGAAAAAUUUGUUUUUGAAUAUGCUACCGGUCUAGGAGUAAUUGUUUCUUCUGUUUUUGGUGGAUCCGGAUUAACUGGUUUCUUGGGAUAUAAGGGUUAUAAGCUCUUAAAGAAUUCUAGGGAUCCUUGGGUUAGACAAAUAUGA